AUGUUGGCAAGGCAAACGCUGCGGUUCGCUGCUCGGAAUGCGCGCUCUUUCAGUUCUACGGCUGCGCGCCCGGCCGCCGCUGAGGUGAAGCGCCUGGGUGUUAUCGGUGCAGGGCAGAUGGGCCUCGGUAUCGCCCUGGUGGCUGCCCAGAAGGCCAACAUCCCCGUCACGCUGGUCGACUCCUCGCAAGCCGCCCUGGAUAAGGGUCUUGCCUUCGCAGAGAAGCUCCUGGCUAAGGAUGUCUCCAAGGAGCGCAUCACCCAGGAGCAGGCUGAUGCUGCCCGGGCUCUGCUCCAGCCUACCACCUCGAUCGAAAAGCUCAACGAUGUAGACUUCGUCGUCGAGGCCGUCCCCGAGAUCCCCGAGCUCAAGUUCGAUAUCUUCGCCAAGUUGGCCCAGAUCUGCCCUAAGCAUGCCAUCUUGGCCACCAACACCUCGUCAAUCUCCAUCACCCGCAUUGCUGCCGCCACGACUGGUGGCAACCCCAACGACACCUCCAACAGCUCUCGCGUUGUCUCUACUCACUUCAUGAAUCCUGUUCCCGUGCAGAAGGGUGUCGAGAUCAUCUCGGGCCUGCAGACCUCCCAGGACACCCUCGACACCGCCAUUGAGUUCUGCAAGCGCCUUGGAAAGAUCCCUUCCAUUUCGGCCGACCGUCCGGGCUUCCUGGCCAACCGCAUUCUGAUGCCCUACAUCAACGAGGCUAUCAUUUGCCUUGAGACCGGUGUCGGUGACCGUGACUCUAUUGACGCCAUUAUGAAGAACGGUACCAACGUGCCCAUGGGCCCCCUACAGCUCGCUGAUUUCAUCGGCCUGGACACAUGCCUUGCCAUCAUGAAGGUCCUUCAUUCUGAGACUGGCGAUUCCAAGUAUCGCCCCAGUGUCCUGUUGAAGAAUAUGGUCGAUGCCGGCUGGCUGGGCAAGAAGAGUGGGAAGGGUUUCUAUGAGUAUCAGUAA